AUGAGCCAGGCUACAACUACGACCUUUCCGACCCCGCUGCCCAACUCUGACGAAAACGACUACUCGCUACAGCACCUCCCCAGAGGCCAUCAGCAACCAAUCUCCAAGACGUGUAUCUCGACUUUUCCAGGGGGCAUUGACGGCUGGACACCGUCUUCUCAAGGAAUACCUGUGUAUCCGUUCGUGAGCACUACAUCUCCAGGGGAAAUUGAGAGUCCUUGUGAGUUCAUAAAUUACGAAGGCUUCUAUGCCAAUCCCUUAUUACAAAACAUACAAAACGAUGACUUUCUCGCCAUCCCAUACCGUCCCUACUUUGGGUCCCCCAUUGAAGACUCCGAAUCCACAACCACCACCAUGCCCGACCUCAAAUUCGAUCCCCACUCCAUACAAAUGGGCCAGCCUCGCCCACCACUUCCCUAUCCAUACGGCCCCCUUUCACUGGAAAAGCCAAGCCUAGAAGGCCCCAACCCCAACAUCUUCGCCCCGCGAGCUCCCAUCGGCCCCCGCCGAAGCUCAGCCCCCAGCCUCAACAUCCGCGAGAUGGAGCGCGAGCGCAGCCAAAAGCUCAAGCACCAGAACCGACGAGCCUCCCACAACGUCGUCGAGAAGCGGUACCGCGAGAAUCUAAACCGGAAAUUCCACAUGCUGGAGUGCAUCGUCAACAAGGGGGCCGAGCCGUACGCGUGCUCGCCUUGUUCGUCACCGCGGUCCUCGCCGUCAUCGAUUGCCUCCAAAAAAGGCAAUACUACUUUUUCGACGUCUGCUUCCGCACGAAGGCAGUAUACGUCACCGAAAGCGUCGAUUAUAGAUAGUGCGCUCCGAUAUAUUGAGGACUUGCGGAAAGAGAACUUUGCGUUGAAGGGUAGGCUUGUUCUUUUCGAGACAUCGUCCAAUCCUUGUUUGAGGGGGCAUCCUCAGGGGCAGGUUGGGGUUCAGCGGUAUGACCAUGACCAAGACUGCGAUAGUGAGGAUGAGGAGGUGAACUGCGUUAAGUCGGAGGACCAGCAGUAA